AUAAGAAUUAUCUUGCUCCGUUAAACUUUAAUACUCCCGACCGAACAAGUAACGGGUUAUGUCGGGAUUGGCGCAGCGGCAAUAAAGUUAUCGACGACCUUAUACAAGUGAUCAGAUUACAAUACCCUCAUCCAGCUCAUAAUUUAAAUUGGAUUCCAUACGAAGAAUUUGCGGAUUGUGAGCAUAUCUCUGACGGAGGUUUCUCUACUAUCUACAAAGCGACAUGGACCACUUCUGCGAACUGGGAUUUAUUUUCUCAACCUCAAUUUCUGCAUUGUCAUGGUAUCACUCAAUCAUCAAGCAGUGGUGAUUUUAUAAUGGUUAUGCAAUAUGCAAAAUCAGGUGAUUUACGUUUAUACCUUCAACCUGAUAUCACGUCUAAUGUCUUAUUGCAAAAAGAUGGCCUAGCAUCUGCACACAACAACAUAUCCACUAAUCCAACUCAUCCGGAUGCGGUAUAUCAUAGUAGAUUGUUAGACUUUCCCGAACUUCGUGGAACAACACGUCGACGACAAUACCUCUCUUUGAAUAUUCCGCGUUCCGUACCCGAAGGUAGUUCUAAUGACACCAUUCAAUUAUCCCAACAACCAACACAACCUUCCCAAGAUAAUCCAAAACACUUGUUACUAUCUGGAAAUAUAUCUAAUUCUUCAAAACCUUUCCGAAAUACAUAUAAUCAUCCUCCAACUCACAAAGAUGCCAGCCGAGAUGCACAAGUUAAUUCCAAAAUUAAUCCUCGGGCUAUUAACCCCAGAGUUAAACCAAAUGUAAUUAGUGUGUUCAUACCUGAUGAUGAUAUUGAAACACUACAAAAAUAUUGGGCAAUGGAUUCAAUGAGCUUUAAUCUGAAAAAAAUCGCAAAUUAUUCAAGUACAUAA